AUGCGAGUGGACGGAAAUAUCACUUUGGAUUGUGUGCAUGAAAUUCCGGAAGCGUGGCACGAUUCGUACAUUGUCCGUAUGAAUCACCAGGACAACGGAUGUCAUGCCAGAGAUCUGUGCUUGGAAUUCGAUCAAGGCCGCAAAGAUUAUCUUCUGAGGACUGAUGUCACCUACAGUCAUAAACGUGAUACCCCGUUCAAAGAUGUUUGCAACUUCCAAGCGCUCGGACUGAGCUCUGUGAACCUGUUCCAAACCGUCCGUCCUCGGGUUCUGAUCCGAACGACCAAUCGCACUGGAAACGACCCUGGAAGUAAAUGUGGUAUUUAUCAGCUUCGAAUCGAGGGUACGGCUCACCUCCUUCAUAACUCCUUGUCCCCGGACCCGAACGAAAAUGGACACGUGACCACUGAUCAGUUUAGAACAAGCCGAUCACUGCCAUAUGUGACCAGACGAGAUGGCUAUUCGCCCGCUUCCAACCAGGACCGAUUCAAAAAUGUCGUACCUCUUCAGAUCACAUACCCGUCAAUCGAAGCUUCCUGGUUCGAAGAACCUUUGUUUUUAAAGUAUUAUCGAACUCAACCCUCAUGUCGUGUAGAGAUGACAGAUUUCAAUGCGAACCUGGGAAGUACUGGAGAGUUUGACAAUCAACUGCGUUUGUAUACUUCCUGUGACGGUCUAUAUGCACCUUUUCUGCAACUUACAGAAUUCCUCUGCAUGUCGGUUCACACAAUUGAUACUAUUUCUCCUGCACUUGCGCGGUAUUCAAUGCUGAUCACUUAUUCUUCUGUGUUGGACCAAUAUUUCUGCUGGCUGAUCAAAUCAACCAAUCAGAACAGCACUCAGCUGUUUGUGCUCAUCCUGUUCCCAAGUCCACAGUGCCCGUACGAGUGGACCUCAUUAGGUGAUAUUCGGUUCGAUCCACGGGAAGCGUUGGCCAUAUUCUUUAUGUCACCUGGUGAGUGUAAAACUAGCAAUAUUAACAGAAAAAAAUCAAACCAUUCAGAUAAUUGUGUAUAUUGUAUUUUGUGGAACAAAGGGACAGAUACUGAGACACCCUGA